AUGGCUCAGCUAGAUUACAACAACUACAAGGUGGCAUGGAUUGCCCCGCUUGAGAUCGAGGCUCAGGCAGCCAUGUACAUGCUCGACGAUGUCCAUACGGGCAGAUUUCCAGUGGGAGAAGGUCACGACUACCCCCUCAUCGCAGGUCGCAUGUGCGGGCACAACGUUGUCAUCGCCAGCUUUCCCUCUGGGCAAAUAUAUGGUACAGAGCAAGCCGCCAGUCUUGCUGGCCAGUUGAAGAUUCUAUUCCCCAGACUCUGGUUUACGCUACUAGUUGGUGUCGCAGCAGGGCUUCCAAGCCUUCAACGAGACAUCCGUCUUGGAGACGUCCUCGUUGCAGACUCCGAAGGUGAAGUCCCUGCUAUUGUGGCUUACCAUCUCGGAAAAGAAACAUCCGAGGGACUCAAGCUCCUUCAUGAUGGACGAAGCCAACUUCCUACGAAUCCCGUUGUAACGUCUGCUUUCUCAAAGAUCAAGAUCCCGGAUCCCAUGUGUUAUAUUAACAGCUUCGUGGAACACUUUAAAGCCAUGCAACACAAAGACCACUCGAAAGGAAACUUCACGGAUCCUGGUCAAUCGCAAGACCAGCUGAACGAGACGACUUCGAGUGGAGAGAGAGCCGCCGUUCUUCGGGAACCACGGCCAGACAACAGGCGAACCAGAGUGUGGUAUGGGCCGAUCGGCUCCGGUGACAAAUUGAUGAAGAAUGCCAAGGAGAGAGAUGUGUUGAGAGACAAAUACAGUAUAAUUGGUCUAGAGAUGGAGGCAGCAGGAGUCAUGAACCGUCUUAAUGUCGGUGUUAUCAGAGGGGUAUGUGACUACGGGGACGAGCAGAAGAACAAGGAGUGGCAGCCUUACGCGGCUGCAAUGGCUGCCGCAUACGCCAAACAAGUAUUGCUUGAGAUCAGCGUUGUCCCAUCCGACACUAAUCUUCAUAUUCGAACGCCUGAGGAGGCCAGAUACAACGAGCAGCCGGGAUCUUUGAGCUCCAAAACUCAUGCCCGGAUGCGAGAGCCAGCUGUCAGAAAGCCUGGUUUACCGCCCAGUCCUGCUUCGUCAGAUAUUGAGAUGGACUCAGACCACCAAAGUAGUAUCUUCUACAUUGACGCCAGCAGUAGAAAGUCGGCGAACAGUAGCUACCUUGCCGUAGCUGGAGUCAGCGGAACAUUGAUAGACACGUCGGGCAUCAGCUCCGAUGAGAACAUCUCUCAACAAAUCUCCCGCACGAGAUUCUGGAUGAGCAAUCUCGAAGAACCCUGGAUUCUUUUCAUCGACAAUGCCGAACCCUCGGUGGCCGCUGAUCUGGAUGACUAUCUUCCUCGUCAAGGCUGUGGCACUAUCAUCAUCACGACUAUUGAUGGACAGGUUGCUUCGUCCUGCGAUCUUCACGAAAACAUCUCCCCGAUGGACUCAUGGGAUGCCAACGAGCUGAUCCACAACUUUGUGGAUUCCACAAAGGACUUUAGUGAAGAAGAGUGGGUGGCGAUCGAAACCUUGGCCUCUGAAACGCUUGGAGGGCUGCCGCUCGCCAUUGUGCAGGCUGGUUCUUACAUUGCCAACAACCCAAACAGCCUUGUGGACUACCGCUUCGACUUCCAGCAAGCGUUUCAAACAAACCUCGGAGACCUCCCUGACUUGUCAUCAGGGAGUGGUCAGAGCAAGUCCGCUUCACACGCAUUAGGCGUCACCAUGGCCCUUGUCGAGAACACGCCAGAGGCCAUAGAGCUUCUUCGUACGCUUUGCUUCUUCCACAAUGAGAGCAUUUCGGAGCAAAUUUUCGAAGAGGCUUGGAACAACUUGACGAUAGCUUCUCAAGGAAAGUCUUCGCGGUGGUCACACUGGGCACCUCUUGUGCCGCUUUUGGAUCCCGAAAGUGCCCAGUGGCGCACACCCGGUCUCCGCAAAGCGUUCAAUACUCUAUGCCGUUAUAGUUUGCUCGUCUGCGAUGCGUCGUACUCCAGCAAGUACUCGAUGAACAAGCUCGUUCAGACGUAUUGCAGGGAGUCGCUCUCGACAGAGAAUCGAAACAAGUAUGCCUAUCAAGCAGCUUGCCUAUCAGCACUUGCCUUGGCCAAUGAGCCAGUCUCUACGACUGCAUCACGGAUACACAACCCUUUGGGUGUUGAUCUUCAGAAAUCCAUGAUACCACAUAUUGAAUCUUUUACCUCAAAUGGCUUGAUGGGUAAUUGGGUGGAACUCGCUGAGACUGAGAGACGCCUAGAGAUCAUGCUGAUACUUGCAAACGCAUAUUCAUCAACAGGUCAUUUCAGAGACGCGGGAGAUAUUCUGAAGGAAGCCAUCGAAAUCUGCAAGGACCCAUCGGUACCCGAUUCAUUGACUCUGCAAGUUAAUGAACAGUUCGCCGACUGCUACUUUCACGCCGGCCAUCACGUAGAAGCACUGAGGUAUCAACCCGGGGUUGUCCAAGCCUAUCAACAGUGGGGAGCAGGCUUCGAUUAUCUCUGGUCUGCUCAAAUCAACCACGCGGACUCUCUAUGGUCAACCGGGCAGCGAAGUGAGGCGUUGGCAAUGGCAGAGGCGGCCCUUGCUACGUGUGGCUCACAUAACUUGCCCGUCGAUGAUCCCAAGAUGGUGCGAACACGGCUUUUGGUGGCAGACUUCCUCCACGGAUCCGGAGGCCAACGUCGGGCUCUCGAACUGCGACAAGAAACCGUGCGGGAUCUGCAGGGAAGGGUUUCUGUCAUCGCAGGAGAGCGUCUGCGCAUUCUUGAAGCAAAAAGUGCGCUGGGUGACAGUUAUGAUUGGGACGGCCAGCUUCUCAAGUCGUUGUCAUUGCGGAAGAAAGUCCACAAAGCGAGGCUUGAGCUUCUCGGUGUCGAUCACCCUGACACCUUGCAUGCAUUCGACCGAUUUGUCGACACCAAAAGCCUGCUCGCCCACACUCAAGAACAAAAGGAAGAGGUGUGCAGGCUCAGAGAAGAGGCCGUGACCUCGUGGCGGCGAGUUCGGGGAGAAGGUCAUCCUCAAACCAACGAAGCAAGAGUCAAUUUGGGUCACAGCUACACUGCUGCUUCCAAGUUUGGGGAAGCUCUCUCUGAACAGCAAGACGUCCUGGCCAUACGUAACGAAAAGGUGUAUAAUGACGCGGUUGCGACUGACGUCUAUCUCGUAUCCGUCGGUAACGUUGCGGACGCCUUGUGGAGAGUAGGCGAUAUCCAAGAAGCUUACAGUCGUCUGGAAGAUGGACUGGAAGAGGCAAAAGUUAUGGCAGACCUGGAUGCCAUAUUCUCGAUCAGAAGUUACGCUUCAACUUUCCUCUCACGCCAAGGCAGAGAGGAUUCCAUACUGGAGGCUAUCAAUCUACGGCAGAAUCUUCUCAGGGAUCAAGAAAACGCAUUUGGUGAGGGAGAUGUCAGAACCCACCAGACGCAGCUCCUGUUGGCUAUGGAUCUCGUCAAGUUAGGGAUGUUCCCUCAAGCAAUCCAAGUCCAUGAGAAAUUGCUGCAAAGACAAAGCGAGGACCCGGGCGAAGAGAGCCAAGAAACCCUGGACAACAAGAAGGAGCUUGCUUCAGUGUUAAGUGCUGUUAACGCUGCACCUCAAGCGGCUGUAUUGAUGAGGGAGGUCUUGGAGGUUGAGACCGAACACCUCGGUCCGUACCAUCCUCGGACACGGGAGACAGGAGCCCUUCUUCAUCGCUAUUACCAAGAGACUGGAGAUGGCCAGGCGGCUUUUAAAAUCAUGACCUGGCUGAACACGCAGCCAGUCGGCAACGGAGAGCACCAUGGAGACUCGGAUUCCGAUGACGAGGAAGUGGACAAUGUGCCUCGAGUCAGGAGCAAACGCAGAGUAAGUCUUCGUUGGGAUUCAACGGAUAAUUGA